GCUGCAGGGGAGGAGGUUGGUGUAAAAGUGAGAAAAAGCAAAAGAAGUGGGAGGAAUAACUUACGGGAGGGGGAGGCUGAAAGAAGGGAUUCUACGUGUGCUCUUUAGUUAUUUGCGCUCCAAGCAGGGGUCGUCCGACCUCCAUUGAUUUUAAAUGUUCUAUUUCAUAUGCCAAAGCGUGAGCUGGCAGCAGCCGCAGAUUUUAUUUCAUUGCGCACUGUAAAACCCUCAGCGGCCGCUAACCUACAGGCCAGACUGCUUUUAUACAUUGUUUUAAACUUACUCGACCGCGAUCUCACUUUGCAUCAUGGUGACUCGAAUGCUAUUCCGGGCUGUGAUCAUGGGCCCCCCGGGCUCUGGGAAGGGCACAGUGUCGGACCGGAUCGUGAAGAACUUCGCUCUAAAGCACUUGUCUAGUGGUGACCUGCUCAGGACAAACGUUCAGAACAAAACAGAAAUCGGUGUUGUUGCAAAAUCUUAUAUUGACCAAGGGCAGCUUGUUCCCGAUGAUGUUAUCACCCGACUUGUUUUGCAAGAACUUCACAAGAUCAAUGAGACCAAUUGGCUGCUUGAUGGUUUUCCCCGGACAGUUCCACAAGCAGUGGCUUUAGAUAAAGCUUUUCACAUAAACUCUGUGAUAGACCUGAAUGUACCUUUUCAAACCAUUAAGGACCGCCUUACAGCAAGAUGGAUCCACCCUGCUAGUGGCAGAGUGUACAACACGGAAUUCAAUCCUCCAAAAGUCCCGGAAGUUGAUGACCUCACGGGAGAGCCUCUGGUACAGCGGGAAGAUGACAAGCCAGAAACUGUUACCAGGAGACUGAAGGGAUAUGAAGCUCUUACAAGGCCUGUGCUGGAGUACUAUCAAAACAAGGGAGUAUUGGAAACAUUCUCUGGGACUGAGACAAACAAGAUCUGGCCACAUGUCUAUGCCUUCCUGCAGUCUAAACUGCCUGACGUGAGCCAUAAGUGAGGAGAUUUCUAGAGCCAUGCGCAGAGAAUUAUUUUAACUGCAAAGCCUAUCUAGUGUGCCAUACCAUAUGAAUGUAAACUUUUUAUUACUUUCACUUUUAACUGUUUUAACUUAUAUGUACAAAAUCAAUUUUUAUGUCUCAACUGCUCAGUUUAGCAUUUUAAUAUUCUUACAACUGAAUUUUAUUUUUUUAAUAUAGGUUUUUAGGAAAGAGAAACUGAAUACUUGAAAAAAGCUGUGUAAUUUUAAGUACAUAUAAAUCUAUUUUAUUAAUUUGGUUUUAACCAACCACCUUUGGAAUAUCAUGUUUAUAUAAAAAUUGUAUCCCUUCCAUAUUCCAUAAGUUGAUUUACCAAACUCUAAUCAAAUAUUGCAGCUAAGAAAAUAAAAUGAUUUUUGUACUUGACUUUAUAACCUCAAACAAGAACAGCUAAUUUAUAAAAAACAUAGUCUCAUAUUAGCGAAUAGUGGACAACUGUGAGCUAAUUUUAUUGUAAACGGUCCCCCCCACCAUGGUUUAGAACUACAGGAUUAAAAUCAACUUAACGAAGCUUCCAGCCCCUUCCUGUCUGAGUUAGUAUAAGAGGGUUCUAGUCUGGUUUAUUACUAUUGAGCCUCAGACAUAAUGGGUUUGCAUUAAGGCUUGUGCAGACUGCAGACUUUUAUGCAAACUAAAUCAGAAAACUGCUCAAUAGCAAGUUGCUCAAAAGGGUAUCUGUAAAUUGUGUUGAUGUUGCAUAUGAUUUUGGCGCACACAUUUCUGCUCACAUUAUCAUAUAACACAUACAGCAAAUUUGAGGCACUAUUACAACUAAAAUUUUAAUUGAAACUAAACCCAUAUGUGAUAAAAGCACAAAGUAUCAAUAACCUAUAUCAUCCAGUAAGAGGUUUGCUUUUAAACAGGUGAUCAGUAAAGUCUACCAGAUCAUUGGUUGCUAUUGGUUGCUCUAGGCCUGUAGCAAACUUUGCACCUUUUUGCCCCUAUCAUGUUUAGGAAAUUUCAGAGCUAAAAGCUAUACAGUAAGUGAAUGCUCUUAAAUUUAAUAUUUUAAUGUGUUCCACCUAUGCAGGCAGAAGAUCCUUUGUGACAUGUGCAUGUCAUGCAUGUUAUGCAUUUGCCAGCUGCUGCAUAACCCAGCUUUGGUUCAGCACUGCAAGUGAAGAUGCUUGCAAUUGCACACUCUCUGCAAUCCCACCGAGCUUCUAUAAAUGUAUAAACAUACAAUUUUUGAACAGAUAUCGGUCAGGUAGGUCUGAGUGAGAGGGCCUCAUAUACUGGCAAAUAAACUGCUGACUCAAACCUUUAGCAGCUUUUAUUGGCCAGUGUAUGGCUACAGUGAAUAACGGAUAAGCUCUGUAGAACACCACUGUAUUUUACAUAGCUUAUCUGCUAUGUAACCUGAGCCUUUUAUAAUUUGAAAAGCUGACCCAAUGGCUACACAGAAGCUCAUUUAUAUAAACUAUAGUAGUGUUUCUGAAGUAAAUCACCAGUUUUAAUAGUUUUAGUUACUGUUUCUUUAAGUAAAUUUUGUUUUGUUUUGUUUUUGCCUGAAAUCCUUCCUGACAGAUGUCAGUAGGAAUCAUAAAAAAGGCCUAGUUCAGGUGAUUUUCAGGUAAUGCUUCUCUAAAAACCUUCAUGUACAGGGGAAUGUCGUUAAAAUUUUCCCUGUGUUUUCACACCAAUCACAAUGAAAUUGUAGUAGAUUUGUGGCACUUUGCACAUGAAUUAUAUGUCACAAGGAUCAGAGUGUAAGGUGAUUCCAUCCAGUUAGUUAAUUCAACGUUUUAUUCUGCUGCAUUUACUCUCAAUGAGUUUUUGCUUUAAUUUUUCCUUUAAUGAAUAGGGAUACUUUGUUGGCCCACUUGUCCAACUUACUGGAUUUGCAUACUUCUCUUUUGAAAUCAUGUGAAUGUCAGAAAUGUAUCUAGGCUUUAUCUAUUAAAUUGUUGUGUUUAGAAAAGGUCCAAGCAGAUAAAAUACCUCUGAAGUCUGUCAGGUGUUUGUUUUUUUUUUGUAAGGGAAACAAAAUAAUGAUUCUAAUUAUGUAAGAAUACAUGCAUAUGUAACUUGACUUGUAAUGACUGGUACUGUAUUAUUUGUAAUUUACCAAAUGUCUGUAAUUCUUUCAGUGUUGCCUGUUAAAAUCUAAAUAUAUGAUUAAGGAAAUGUC